CAGGAAGUGUGCAAUACAUGUCUUGAUUAUAGCCGCCGUAGUUUGCGUAAUAUUUGCUUGAUAAGCUUAUCAAUCUUCAGUAGCGGGCGUUCGUCAAAAGCUAAUUUCUUGGUAAUAAUUUGCGUAAAAGUAAAAGUUGCGUAAAAGUUCUAAAAUGUCCGGCGAACCGUCCACGGCUAACGGAAACCGAAAAGUUGCAUUAAUUACAGGCAUAACAGGACAGGAUGGAUCUUACCUUGCCGAAUUCCUCAUAGAAAAAGGUUACGAAGUUCAUGGUAUCUUACGACGCUCAUCGUCCUUCAACACAGGGCGCAUUCAACAUUUGUAUGGACAACCUACGUGCCACACAGGAGGACGUAUGCAUCUGCAUUAUGGAGACUUGACAGACACUACGUGCCUUAUUAGCAUAAUUACAAAGACACGGCCCAAAGAAAUCUACAAUCUCGGAGCCCAGUCUCACGUCAAGGUAUCAUUUGAGCUAAGCGAGUACACAGCUCAAGUGGACGCCCUAGGCACUUUACGAUUACUGGAAGCUAUUAGAGCUGCCGGACUAGAGAAAGAAAGCAAGCUAUACCAGGCUUCUACGUCAGAACUUUAUGGGAAAGUCGUGGAAGUUCCACAGAAUGAAAAGACUCCUUUUUAUCCCAGAUCACCGUAUGCAUGUGCGAAGCUCUACGGGUACUGGAUAGUAGUAAACUACAGGGAAGCCUACAGCAUGUUUGCCUGCAACGGGUUACUGUUCAAUCAUGAGAGUCCACGUAGAGGCGAGAAUUUUGUUACUAGGAAGAUCACUCGAGGAGUGGCCAAGAUCACUUUAGGGCUCAUGUCGUUACUCGAACUCGGCAACUUGGAUAGUAAGCGAGACUGGGGACACGCCAAAGAUUACGUUGAGGCAAUGUGGCUGAUGCUCCAACAAGACACUCCAGAAGACUUCGUGGUAGCAACUGGGGAGACCCAUAGCGUACGCGAGUUUGUCGAGAAGGCCUUCGCCUGCGUUGGCCGACGGAUAGUGUGGAAGGGUUCCGGUGUCGAUGAGACGGGCCACGACGCCGAUACUGAUCAAAUGCUCGUUAAAGUCAAUCCCAAGUUCUUCAGACCUACUGAAGUGGACCUUCUCCUAGGUGAUCCGACAAAAGCGAAACAGCAACUCGGGUGGACACCAAGAGUAUCAUUCGACCAACUCGUCCGAGACAUGGUGGAUGCGGACAUAGAACUCAUGAAGCGGAAUCCUGAGGCGUAGGUGUGAGAGACAGAGACUGUACUGUGUCAUCACGAAUGGACUUGGAAAGCGUCCUUGCCUUCUGCGCAGUAGCGUACUAGCAUUUAAUUCGGUUCUGGGACAGAUUGUUAAAUCAAUCGCAACGUAACAAUCAGUAAGGAUUGAACCACUGGACCACACCACGCCCUUACCCAAAGCGUAAUUUCCAUCGCUCUAUGGUCUACCACUAACAAACAUCACGUCAAAUGUAAAUAUCGCUCAGCAGUGGCGUAGCGUCGAUUUCUGCCGCCCGGAGUUAUCUAAAUUUGCGCUCCACUAUUUUCACGAUUACAAAAGUAGUAGUAAUAAUUUAGUCAACUUAGGCCCGCGCUCGCCGUCGCCCCCAUUGUUGUGCCGCCAGAGGCCGUGACCCCCUCUGCACCCCUCACGCUACGCCAUUGUCGCUCAGUCGGGGUUACUUUAUACAUAGUUGAUCCGUUGGUAGUGGAAACUGAGAACCUUUGAGCAUAUACCAGGUUGCCCUGUCAGCCUCGCUUACUACAUGUAUGUUUAAUUAUUAUUGAUGCAAAUAUCGAACACAAAGAAAAAAAAUUCCCUCAACCUGACUGAACUCGAACCAAUGUCUGUUGCCAUGCCGCGGCUACCGCUCUUGAUCACCUGAGCUGCACACCGAGACAGCAGACCUUACAUUACGUUUAAACGACUUUUUCGCCGUUAGCGCACCUGUGAGAAACUUAUAAAAAUUACUCACUCAGUCCCGAUAUGGGAAAAGACACUGGCUUUUUGUGUUCUGAUAUGCGGUUCCAAACGUUGAAAUGGAUUUUUAUAAAUUAAUUGAACUAUAUAAUAAAGAGUUCUUACAAUAAUACUUAAGCAAAUGUGCACUGCUUUUUUCUCCUGUUAAUACAGCGCUACCUGAUUAUGUUAACGCAAAUCUGUGUAUUAGUGGGUGUACUGUACCAACGGAUCACGCGUAGUCGUCACUCGCACAUUUCGUUUCGUUUUUUUUAUGUGCCAUACAACCCUUAUUAAGUACCUUCGGAUAAAACUAAGAAAUUCCACUGUGAGUACAAGGUAAAAUUACAAAGCACAAUAACCGAACAAUGUGCAAACAAAAGGCAAUUGUUUUUCCGUACCUAAAGGAUUAAUAAUUAUACAAUAUUUUGUGUAGAGACGCCUUACAUAACGUAAAGUAAUAUUUGUGCGCGGUGGUACCAUUAUCAACAUUCAAUUAUCUGCCGGUAGUACCUAUGUUUGCACUUACGUACCAUAAGCAACCCAUGCAAUCAAAUAAUUGAUUUAGUAAAUAAAUACUGUAACGAAAAAACAUACCUAUUACUAACGCCAAGCAGUAAUGUGAGCAUUAUCUGACGGCCGCAAUGGUAGUGCUCCUCAGAUCAUUGCGAUUUAAAGCUCUGAGUUGCA